CGCCGUCGCCGUCGCCGUCGCCGUCGCCGUCGCCGUCGCCGUCGCACACAUCGUCAAACAUGGCCGCGACAACACGCCAGCUGAGGCGCUCAGUGCCCUCCCUCCUCGCCUCCGCGCAACCAUCACCAGCAGCAAGACAAGCAGCAGCAGCGGCAGCGCCACUGUGCCUGGGCCGCUACAACUGCCUGAGGAGAACCAACGGGGCCGCCGCCCUCGCCUCUGCCACGGGGGCGACAUCCCCACGGCGCCUCUUGUCGUCCUCGAAGGCGCCGGCGCCGACCCGCGGCGGGUCCAAGCUGUUCGAGGACGCCGACGCCGCGGUGGCGGACGUCAGGUCCGGGUCGACGAUCCUGUCGUCGGGCUUUGGCCUCUGCGGCGUGGCCGAGACCAUCAUCACGGCGCUGCACCGGCGCGGCAGGGACGGGCUGCACUCGCUGACGGCCGUGUCCAACAACGCCGGCGUCGAGGGCAAGGGCGGGCUGUCGGUGCUGACCAGGGCGGGCCAGGUCGACCGGCUGGUGCUCAGCUACCUGGGCAGCAACAAGGUGCUGGAGAAGAAGUACCUGGCCGGCGACAUCGCCAUCGAGCUGUGCCCCCAGGGCACGCUGGCCGAGAGGAUCCGCAGCGCCGGCGCCGGCAUCCCGGCCUUCUUCACCGCCACCGGCGCCCACUCGCUCCUCCAGGACGGCAAGAUCCCCGUGCGCCUGUCCCCCUCGGGCAAGGUGCUCGAGGGCGGGCGCCCGCGCGAGACGCGCAUCUUCGACGGCAAGACGUACCUGAUGGAGACGGCGCUCCCGGGGGACGUGGCGAUCCUGCGGGCGUGGAAGGCCGACAGGGCCGGCAACUGCGUGUUCCGGUACACGACCAAGGCCUUCGGGCCCAUCAUGGCCAAGGCGGCGCGCCUGACCAUCGUCGAGGCCGAGAACAUUGUCGAGACGGGCGAGCUCGACGCCAACGAGGUCGACCUGCCGGGCAUCUACGUCGACCGCAUCGUCCCGGCCACGGCGGAGAAGCAGAUCGACAUCCUCAAGCUGCGGGAGCCUGAGGGGGGCGGUGGCGGCGGAGGAGGGGCGGCUGCGGCGAGCCCCGCGCAGGAGAAGCGCAACCGCAUCGCGAGGCGCGCGGCCAAGGAGCUCAGGGACGGGUUCUACGUCAACCUGGGCGUGGGCCUGCCCACGCUGGCGCCCAGCUUCGUGCCCGAGGGCCGCAAGGUGUGGCUGCAGAGCGAGAACGGCAUCCUGGGCAUGGGCCCGUACCCAACCAAGGACGAGGUCGACCCGGACAUCAUCAACGCAGGAAAAGAGACGGUAACCCUCCUCCCGGGCGCGGCGACCUUCGACUCGUCCGAGUCCUUCGCCAUGAUCCGCGGCGGGCACGUGGACGUGUCGAUCCUGGGCGCGCUGCAGGUGUCGGCGUCGGGCGACCUGGCCAACUUCAUGAUCCCGGGCAAGGUGUUCAAGGGCAUGGGCGGGGCCAUGGACCUCGUCUCCAACCCGGACAAGACCAAGAUCGUCGUCACCACCGAGCACGUCGCCAAGGACGGCUCGCCCAAGGUCGUCCAGCUGUGCACGCUGCCGCUCACCGGCGCCGGCGUCGUCAGCACCAUCAUCACCGACCUGUGCGUCUUCCAGGUCGACCGCGAGGCCGGCACGCUGACCCUCACCGAGGUCGCGCCGGGCGUUGACGUCGAGGAGGUCCGGGCCAAGACGGACGCCAGGUUUGAGGUGGCUGGUGACCUGCAGGUUAUGGAGUAGGGGGGGUUUUGCUGCAACUUGUUACAUGUCCUCUGUAGAUAACGCAUCUUGGUCGUUUUGGUCAUUUCCGCCUGGAGUUGGUGUUGGUAUUGUUGGGCAGUCGAGUGUGUAUAUAUAUAUAUAUAUAGAGUGAAUGAGGACGACUUGCCCUGACGAGUGAUUUAUACGGACAACCCACAGAUGCAUACAUUCUGUCUGUCUGCCUGUCUGUCUGUCUGUCUGUCUAUCUAUGUACAAGCAGUCCGAGUCUCCCCCCCAGACCAGUCCAACACCUACAGCUUAGCAGCAAAGUUACUCCCAAUCGCCUCGGCGAUCCCAUCCACGCUCCGCAGCACCCACUCCCCGCCCUCGUCGCCCGCAAGCCACUCGAAGCCCUCCCGCUCCGCCUCGCCCUCGGCCUCGGCGACAUGCAGCCCCUGGUCCACCGCCUUGCGCAGCCCAAAGACAUGCGACAGCACCUGCGGGCCCACGCCCGUCUGCGCGCGCAGGCACGCGAUGGCCACGAGGCUGGUCAGCACCCGCCCCACGCCCGCCAGCCCGCCGCGGUCCUCGGGCGUCCCGUCGGCGGCGGUCGGGUCCGCCAGCAGGGGCCCGUAGUGGCUCCCGUGGAUGUGCACGGGCAGGUCCGGGUGGCUGUCGGCCAGGCGGGCCGUCAGCUUCUCGUCGAACGGGUCGUAGACGCUCUUCCACAGCGCCAGGCCCGUCCUGUGGCGCAGCGCCAGGUUCUCGGGCGUGAUGGCCCUCGAGGCGCGGGUCUCGAGCUUGGUCUGGACGCCCCUGGGCAGAGAGGCGCGGAAGGCGCCCAGGCUGUUUAUGGAGCGGGGGAUGCCGUUGAAGGAGAUGCACUUGAGGCCGACCUCGCGGAUCAGCUCGGCCGAUGGGACUGGGGACAGGGGCUUGUAGGCCUUUGCGGAGGGGUCCGAGGCGGUUGCUUGCAGGGCUGCGAGGGAGUCUGGGGAGUUGAGGGUGAAUGUUGCUGCUGCCUGUGGUGUCGUCGUGGUUCAGCACCUUCCUUGUUCAGAAGGAGAAGAGGAAGGGAAGACCAGGACAUACGGAGAGGACGAUCCAUGGCCGU